CGAAGAUAGCAUGUAGCCUGUGAGCUGGUAUUUGACGUACGGAGCUGGGACCCAAUAAAACCAAGCAUGGGAGUUUACAUGACAGAGCGCUAACAUUUGUUCCUUGCUUUCCUGGCUUUUGGAUUGGCAGAUAGAGAAUGGCUGAAGUCGUGUCGCCCGCAGGAACCCUCCCUCUCAUACCUGACGACCUUACGCUCGCGCAAUUCAUAUUGGAUACUGAGCAUGUCAGAAAGCCUGUUCGUCAGGGUGGUGCCUGGAUUGUUGAUGACCAGAGCGGGAGAAAGAUUGGACUUGAGGAGCUCAGAACUAGGACGUAUGGCCUGGCCAAUGCGCUGAGUAUGCGCUACAACAUCCAGGAGGAUGAUGUUGUGUUGAUCUACAGUCCAAAUCAUGUUGAUUACCUUGUGGCUACUUGGGCAGCUCACAGACUUGGUGCCGCCGUAUCCGGUGCCAACCCGCUAUUCACAGUUGGCGAACUUGUGUAUCAAGUAACUACAGUGAAAGCAGCCGUUAUCAUCACGCAUCCAGACUCGCUUAAAGUGGCCCUGUCGUCUGCACAUGCCGCUGGCGUAUCCGCGGAUCGCAUCAUUCUUUUCGACGUAGAGGGCACUGAUACCGCGCAGAGAGCUACUGUGCAAGCUUUGGUUUCGCAAGGCCUCGCGAGUGCUUCUAAUUUCACGGAACGGAAACUCGCUCCUGGGGAAGGGAAAACUAAGGUGGCCUUUCUGAAUUUUUCCAGCGGGACGACUGGUCGUCCGAAGGCAGUCGCGAUACCCCAUUACGCGCCGAUUGCGAAUGUCAUUCAGCUUGCUACGCACCACAAAGUCGGUGAGGAUUAUCCCGAACAGAGAUUUAAACCUGGUGGUGUUUGCUGUGCCGUGCUUCCUUUAUAUCAUAUUUAUGGACUCGUGUUCAAUACCCAUUAUGCCUUUUUCUGCGGCAUGACGGUUGUCUUAACAGCGAAAUUCAACUUUUUAGAGUUCUUGAAGAGCAUAAUGAGGCACCGUAUUACCCAUCUUAUGCUUGUCCCCCCACAAAUUGUAUCAUUGUGCAAGCACCCAGCCGUCAAGAGUUAUGAUUUUAGUCACGUCCGAUACAUCACUUCGGGUGCUGCGCCCCUAUCUCGUGAGGUAAUGGAGCAGCUCGCUCAGAUAUUCCCAAACGCCGACCUUGGGCAGAGCUAUGGCCUCACCGAAUCGUGCACUGUUAUAAGCACGUGGGCACUGGAUAAGAGAAGUGACCUGAGUGGUGGUACUGGCCAACUCCUUCCUGGUAUUAUCGGCCGCGUGGAGAAACCAGAUGGCACUCUUGCAGACUUUGACGAACCAGGCGAGCUCGUCGUAAAGACGCAGGCGCUUGCGCUUGGUUAUGCAAACAACCCUGAAGCAACGAAGGAAACUUUUGUGAAUGGGUGGCUUCGUACCGGUGAUGAAGUGAAGAUGAACCGCAAGGGUGAAAUUGUAGUUCUCGAUCGUCUAAAGGAAAUGUUGAAGGUCCGUGGGUUCCAGGUCGCACCUGCCGAGCUUGAAGGAUGCAUUUUGGAUCACCCUGAUGUGACUGAUACGUGUGUGGUUGGAGUGCAAGACGAAUAUAGUGGCGAAUUACCACUGGCCUUCGUCGUUCUUCGCCCUGGAGCCGCUAAACGUAUCUUAGAAAACUCUCGCGCCGCGGAUGAGAUCAAGGCGUCCAUUAUGAAGCAUGUUGUUGAUAAUAAAGUUGGCUACAAGAAGCUCGCUGGGGGUGUUGAGUUUAUCGACGUUGUCCCGAAGAACCCGAGUGGUAAGCUAUUGAGGAGGGUGCUAAGAGACAAGGCCCGGGAGAUGCGGACGAAGCCCAGAGCGAAGUUGUGACAUGAUGGUCCUGUUUGCAAGUCCACCAUAUGUGCACUAAUCAUGUACCAUUAUUUAAGUAUCACUCUUUUAUCGAUGGGCCCUCUCUGACAGUGGC